ACAUCUCGGAUGUGUGUGGUGGACAACAGUGCCCUGGGGAACACUCCAUACCGUUGUCCUCCUCGGUGCAUCCAUGUCUAUAACAAGAAUGGGCUGGGCAAGGUGGGCGACCAGAUCCUGCUGGCUAUCAAGGGUCAGAAGAAGAAGGCUCUCAUCGUGGGGCAUCACAUGUCUGGCCCCCAAAUGACCCCCAGGUUUAACUCCAACAACGUGGUCCUCAUUGAGGACAAUGGGAACCCUGUAGGGACCCGAAUUAAAAUACCUAUCCCCAGCAGCCUGCGCCGGAGGGACGGCGAAUACUCCAAAGUGCUUGCCAUCGCUCAGAACUUGGGUGAACACAGCUAG